GGAUCAAUUCAAGUCAUGCAGGUUGUAAGAAAUGCGAGGUCUUGGCUCCUGCGGUCAUGGACUCGGUCCCAGGGAACCGGGGCUGUAGCCCGGGCCCCAUGUCGGACCAUCCACACCGGCGCCCAGGAACUGCAGGACGCGGCUGCCACGCAGGAAGUUGAGGAGGCGACACCGAGCCGCGGCAGCUUCAGCAUUUACCCUCCAGUCCCAGGUCAGGAGAGCUCUCUGCGGUGGGCAGGAAAGAAAUUUGAGGAGAUCCCAAUUGCGCACAUCAAAGCAUCCUACAACAACACACAGAUCCAGGUCGUCUCUGCCACUCAUGUGCCCCUGGCCCGCACCUCCUGUGGCACAGAGGGCUUUCGGAAUGCCAAGAAGGGCACCGGCAUCGCAGCGCAGACAGCUGGCAUAGCCGCCGCCGCGAAAGCUACAGUGAAGGGUGUGACCCACGUCCGAGUCGUGGUGAAAGGCCUGGGGCCAGGGCGCUGGUCUGCCAUCAAGGGGCUGACCAUGGGGGGCCUGGAGGUGAUCUCAAUCACAGACAACACCCCCAUCCCACACAACGGCUGCCGUCCCAGGAAGGCUCGGAGGCUGUGAUAGGAGGAGGCCUGCACUUGAACUGACUUCAAGUCUCACAUCAGUGGACCUUGCAGAAGCUCAUGUCAGAGCUGUCUCCACAGGAGGGCUUGCUGGAACCCUCAGGCCCUCCUUCAGGGCAGGUUCACGUCCUUGUGCACCUCCAUCGACGACAAGAGGUGGAUGUGCCCACAAGUGAGACUGAGCCUCUCCAGACAGAAGGGAAGCUGCAGAUGCAGCUGUGGCCCUGGCUCUCUCUGCCCUCUGCUAUGAGAUAAUAAAAAUUAUCUGUACCAUCUCUAGUAAUUUUGAGUUUUUGCUCCCAGAGUAAUAAACAGCAAUCCCCACUUUCUCCUGAAAGAGAUUAUGGACUGAAGUGUGGCCCUAGGUGGAAGGGCCUGCUCUCCAGGCUCCUCUGGUGUCACGCACUUCCUUUGUAGCACCUCAACCCAGGUGGCCAGAGUUCAUCGUGCAGCUCUUCUCACUACCAACUUGUAAUUUGGGUUCAGAAGGAGAGAGCUUUUUG